CGGGCCUGGCUGUGCGCGGCGCGGGAUCGGGGCCAUGAGCCCCCGGGGGCGCCGGGCCCGGGGAGCAGCCGCCGCCGUCGCCGCGGCGGGCGAAGGGGCGGAAGGAAGCGGCCGGCGGGCGCGGUCGGAGGGCUUCCAGGCGGGGGCUGCUGCUGCUGCCGCCGCUUGAGCGUAGCCCGCGGCGACGGAGCGCGGAGGCCGCCCGGGCGAGGUGGGGGAGCAGCCCGGGCCGGCCCCACCCACGUCCCCACCCAGCCAGGUCUGGGAAGCGGAAGCGGCGGCGGCGGCGGGAGAGCAGCAGCAGAGGCAGCAGAGGCAGCAGCAGCAGCUGCCGAGGCUGCAGCGCCGCGCACAAAGCAGCAGACAUGAGCGAGUCGGUGGUCUGCAGCACCCGUGCCACAGUGAUGCUUUACGACGAUGCCAAUAAAAAAUGGGUCCCAGCAGGAACUGGUGCCCAGGCCUUCAGCCGCAUCCAGAUCUACCACAGUCCUGCCAACAACAGCUUCCGGGUGGUGGGCCGCAAGAUGCAGCCGGACCAGCAGGUGGUCAUCAACAGUCCGAUCGUGAAGGGGCUGAAGUACAACCAGGCCACGCCCAACUUCCACCAAUGGCGGGAUGCCCGCCAGGUCUGGGGGCUCAACUUCAGCAGCAAAGAGGAUGCCAGCCAGUUUGCCAAUGGCAUGAUGCAUGCCCUGGAGGCCCUGGACACAGGAAACUCGGCACCCCCCCUGCGCCCCACCCAGAACGGACCCACUGCAGAUGAACUGGCAGAGCAGCAGAAAAGGCAGCAACAGCAGCUGGAGAAGGAGCAGCUGGAGCAGGCAGAGCGGGAGCGACGGGGGCCCGUCGGAGCCCCUCAGGUCGCCCCUCCAGCAGGGGGCCCUCCACCGCCCCCGGGACCACCUCCAGCCCCCCCUGGGCCGCCCCCUGGACCUCCGGGGCCACCGCCAGGAGCCCACAGUGGCCCUCCCCCUCCUCCUGGGCCACCCCCUCCACCGGGCCCACCGCCUGGUCCUCUGCCGUCAGGAGGGGGGCCACCCCCGCCCCCAGCCCCUCCCCUCCCUGCUUCCCUGGGCCCGGGUGGAGGGGCCGGACCACCCACCGGCUUGGCCGCAGCACUGGCUGGGGCAAAGCUGAAGAAGACGGGCAAGGAGGAAGGAGCAAAGCCCACACCUGGUGGAGGAGCCCCCCCUAGUGCUCCCGGGGGAGGGGGGCUGAUGGAAGAAAUGAGUGCCAAGUUAGCCAGGCGAAGGAGAGUUACAGAGCAAAGUGAGAAGGUCAUUCCAAAGAAGGAGGAAGGCCCUUUGCACCAAGAAGAUGCGGAUGCCACUGGUGCCAAGCCCACAGAUGCCUUCCGGAGACCUUGGGAGAAGUCCAGCACGACAUUACCCAGGACAGCCGUGAGCCAGAAGACCACUGCACCCCCCGUCACAGGUCGGCCACAGUUCGGCCACUUUAGGAUGAAAUCUGCCGGCGCCAUGACGGCCGGGGAGCCCGCGGGGGGCGCAGGGGAUGAAUCCGAGCUGGAGCGGGUGAAACAGGAACUUCUGCAGGAGGUUCGGCGCGAACUACAGAAGGUCAAAGAGGAGAUAAUCCAAGCAUUCAUCGCGGAGCUUCGGAAAAGGGGGUCUCCUUAGCCCCCCGACCCAGCCGGUGCCACCCGGAGUCAGCAGCCUAAUUCUCCCUCGUGUGCAGAAGAGAAUAAAAUGGAAAAUCACAAAGGC